ACUCUAACUUUCAUUAAUUUAAAUUCAAAUUUAAUUGAUGAUCAUGGUAUUAAAAUCAUUAGUGAUAUGUUAAUAGUCAAUAAAACAUUAGAAUUAUUAUGGCUUAGUAAAAAUCAAAUUACAGAUAGAGGAAUAGAAUCAUUAUGUGGUGCAUUAAAAUUAAAUAAUAAACUAAAAGAACUGAAUGUUAGUAAUAAUCAAGAAAUAACAGAUCAAAGUGUGGAUAGUAUUAUUGAUAUGCUCAAUAUAAAUCGUACAUUGGUGUCUUUAGAUCUUCGAUUAAAUCAAUUAUCACAACAUAGUAAAGAUAAAAUACAUGAAAUAGCAAAUAACAUAUGCAAGACAGUUGAAUUAUAA